AUGUCCCUACUCCACUGGGUUGCUGGCUGGGCCGCCUCCCCAAAGCCAAAAGCCGGGCUGCAGGAGUGCGCGCCGGAAGCGAGCGCUCGGGACAGGCAUCCUCACCCGCGCGCCCCUCCACAGCGCGGCGAGGGUCCGGCGCCCGGCCAGCUGGCCGCGAGGACCGCUUUGGGACAGCUCCGCAGAACGUCAGAGACCCCGCCGGGCACCGGGCUAAUCGGUCCUCCGCAGCCCUGGCCUCUCCUCGGGACGCCGGCGUGCAGCCCCGGCAGCUUCUGCACCAAGCCCCUUUCCUUCUCCGCCCAGCCCUUUAAGGGAGAAAGAAGAAGGCUGCUCCCCCGGGAGCAGCGGGACUGGGGUGGGCCGGGAGCUGGGCGGCAGCACCGCCCCCAGCCCCGGACCGGGCCUCGAGCCGCACACAGGCCGGGCUGCGGAGCGCGAGGCGGGCAGCGGGACCCGGCAGGGAGCCGAGAGGUCGAUUUACAUGACCUCCGGCUACAACUGAGACAGCCGAGGAGGGCACUCCAGUCGUCAGCCGGCCAAACCCACAAUUACAACAACCCUCCCCCUAGUCCCGGUGUGACUGGGGCUCUCCUCCAGAGUGUCCUACGCACAGUUAUCUACAGCUACAACAUGUGUUUGCUCAGAGUGGAUUUUGGGGUGGGGGGGCAAGAAAGCCAGAAGCCCGCCACGCAGAUCUGUCACCGCCUCCGGAACAAGGCACAACUCUCGGAGAGGGGGACGCAUCCUGGGGAUCCGCGCGUCCACCAGCGAGCGGCUGGCGCCCGGGCCCCUUUCUCUACCUCCACUCCCGCUCCGCGUCGGCCCGGCGGAGCGCCCUCCUCCCGCUCCUCCCCCGCCCCUCCCGAGCCAAGUACGGAAACCCGCCCCGGCUGGGCAGCCGUGGCUCCCGGCAGCCCGCGCCCUCUUAGGGCUGCGCUCUCUCGGCUCUCGUCCCUCCGCCUGCCCUCCGGCAGUCCCACAGUCCCAGCUCCGAGAAACUAACCCCGGAGCUGCCCGGAAGGGCCGGAGUGGGAGGCGCUGGGGGCCGGCGCUGGGGCCCAGCCGAGGUUCUGGUCCCCAGCCCGCUCCGAUUCCCCAACAGGUAGCUCACAAACGGGCCGCGCGCUCGCUCUCGCUCUCUCUGCCUCCCUCGCUCUCUAGAUCGCUCGCUCGCUCGCUCGCUCCGUCCCGGUUACCUGGGAGGGCUCCGGGAAGGUACCGCACGGGAGGGCUCCUUGUGCGCAGCGCCGCGGGAGUAAAUGGCAUUAAAGAAAAAGGGAAAGAUACAAAUAAAAAAAAAAUUAAGGAGAGUCGAUGUUAGGUCAAUUAGCACAGACUGGGGAGUAAGGGAGCAUAACCCCAGAACGCCGCGGCCCCGCAGCCCGUUAACUCAAGUCUGCGGGGGUGUCCUGCCCCGGGCCGGGGUGGGGGGAACGCGGAGCGGCAGAAGUUUGCCGCCGGGGUGCCAAGAGGUGCGCGCUGAGCGGGGUGACUAGGGGCUCCCCCUGGAAACAAGUGAAGGCGAUGGUUAGUGCUGUCAAUCUUGGCAAUCAGUGUGCGCGGCCAUGUCGUAAGUAUUCAAAGCAUUUCCCGUCGUGCAACAUCAGAAAGUGAGUGGCCAGGGCAUUGAUCUGAGCGAGGGAGAGGAGGCAGGGCUCCCCUCCCAGACAACACAGGCAAGACGAGACAAGAGGCGAG